AUGGGAAAGACUCCUGGUAAAUGGAUCAAGACUUUGCUUCUCGGAAAGAAGUCUCCGAAGUCGGCAAACGGAAGCGAGAAGCUGAGCUCUGCUAAGAAAGAAGAGGUGGUGGUAUCGGUGAGGGAUGGUCUUUCAAACUUAUCGCUUGAUCCUCCAGUGGUUUCAGCACAGCCAGACUCAGCUACUACUACUGCUCAAAAUGUGGUUUCUCCAAGCAAUGGUGAUGAGUCAAAGGCUAAUCUUGAAUCAAGAAAUGACAUGGAAGAAGUCGAGCUUGAACACGCUGUAAUAAAGGUUCAGGCUGCUUUCAGAGCUCAUCAGGCACGUAGAGCAUUUCGAACACUUAAAGGUAUCAUCAGGCUACAGGCAGUGAUCCGUGGUCAUCUGGUGAGAAGACAAGCCGUUGCUACGUAUUCAUGUAUAUGGGGAAUCGUCAAGUUUCAGGCGCUUGUCCGUGGCCGGAAAGCUAGAUCUUCAGAUAAUGGGGUUCAGCUGAGAGCAGGUGAUUCAGAAGCUUUGCAAGUGAGCACCUGUAAAUGGAUGGAUAAUCCCUCAAAACUCUUCUUUGUUGAUAAGCUUCUGGCUUCAUCACCAACUGCAUUGCCUCUGAAGAUCCAGUAUGGUCCUAAUGAUCCUAACUCAGCCAAGGUUUGGCUUGAACGCUGGACACAGUUGCAAGUUUGGUCUCCUGGUUCAGGAGCUGCUAAGAUUCCUGUUCCAAAACCUAAGACAAAGAAGCGGAAUUAUGAAGCUGUGGUUGAAGCAGAAAAGGCAAGGCCAAAGCGAGGUGUCAAGAAACAAUCCGGACCAACUCGUGGAAAUGGUUCUAAGCGUUCUACAGCUGAGAUUGAGAAACCUAAGCGAAAUGUGAGGAAGGCCUCCACGCUUAGUAAAGAUCCCCUAAGAACCGAGAGUGACAAGGCUAGUAAAGAUCCCCUGAGAACUGCGAGUGACAAGGCUAAGCUAAAUGCGAGAAAAAGUAGAAGCGCUUCGAAGGAGGGAUCUCCUUCUCAGGUUAAAGAUGAGAAGCCUAGGCUUAGUCUCAAAAGGUCUUCUCUUUCAAACGGGUCAGAGAAAGCCACCCGUAAAUCUGCUGAGAAGAAGAGAGAUCAUGUGGAUUCUGUGAAGAUAGAGCCUGAAGUGAAGGUUUCAGAUGUUCUUCAAGGAGGAGACGCUGUUGAGUCAGCUGAAAAGGUGAAAAACACUACAGACUCUGUGCAGAUAGAUCCUGAAGCGAAGGUUUCAGAUGUUCUUGAAGGAGGAGAUGCUGUUGAGUCAGCUGAAAUGGAGAAAAAUACUGCAGAUUCUGUGGAGAUAGCGCCUGAAGUGGAGCCUGAAGUGAACCUUUCAGAUGUUCUUGAAGGAGGAAAUGCUGUUGAGUCAGGCGUAGAGGAGAAAAACACUGCAGAUUCUGUGCAGCUAGAGCCUGAAGUGAAGGUUUCGGAUGUUCUUGAAGAAGGACUCGCUGUUGAGUGUAAUGAAAAGGAAACAGAUACCACUGAUGUAGUUCCUAAAGAGUUUGAUGUCGAAAACGAAGAGAAUUCACCGGAGGAAGAUGAACCUAUAGCUGCAGAGAUCGGUGAUAAGGUUGAAGACCUCAUAUGCUCAGAUGUGAAGGUAAGCUCUGAUAGCACAAAGCCAAGUGAAAGACGAGUGUCACUGCACGCAAAUAAUGACAAUCAAGAUGAUGGGAUUACACAUAGUGGGAGGAAAAUUCCCAGCUACAUGGCUCCAACUGCAUCUGCAAAGGCCAGAGUGAAAGGAGAAGGUUCUCCAAGGUUUGCUCAAGAGAAAAAUGGGACAUUGCGGCGCCUUUCACUGCCUUCUCCAGCCAAUGGUAAGGUGAGUAGUACUGCUACUACUACUACUUCGUCUCCAGGGGCUCACAGGCUUCUUCUAGCCUCUGCCAAAGGAUCUAUCAACGGCGACAAAUCAUUUUCUUCUUCUAAGAACAUAAGUGAUAAGUCAAAGACCGAGUGGAAACGGUGA